UCUGUUAUUUCUGGUUUCCGUUCUUUUGAUCGGCCUUCAAACCCUAGCCUUGGGAUCGCCAGAAAUGGUCUCCGAUCCCAUUGCCGACCAGUUGGCAUCAUCAACCUUCGCCGCCGCGUACGACCGGAAGGUCAAGCUCCUCUGCAGCUACGGCGGCAAGAUCAUUCCGCGGGCCAUCGACGGCUCGCUUCGCUACGCCGGCGGGGAGACGCGCAUCAUUACCCUCCGCCGCGAUUCUUCCAUCGCCGAGGUGCUCCGGAAGGUGACCGAGACCUAUGGCCGGCCGGUGUUGCUGCGGUACCAACUCCCUGACGAGGAUCUUGAUUCCCUCGUCACAGUUUCCACAUCCGAAGACCUCGAAAGCAUGAUGGAGGAGUACGACAAGCUCACCGCCGAUAGACUUAACGCCAAGCUUCGGCUCUUCCUCUUUUCGCCGUGUGAAGUUGGCGCCAUUGGGGCAGAUUCCUUUAAUCCUUCUUUUGAUCCUGACCAAAUUGGCACGAGGUACAUCGAGGCAGUUAAUGGAUUAAAUUCGAGCAUGAAGAGAAAGAAGUCGACGAACUUCUCUUCGUCACGGAAGUCGGAUGCAAUGGCCGCCACCGUGGUAGUGACCACUGAAGGUAUGGGCGUAAAGACUGUGGUGCAUGACGGCGUGGUGCCUUCUCAUGCAUGCCCCACCUCUACUUCGUCACAUGAUUCAUUCAACUGGGUUUCGAACGAGCAGCAUAACAAAAAUAUGCAGCCAGCAAUUGAUUCUGCUAGCGAAAUAGAGUUGUUGACUUCAAAUCAACCAGAACGGCCUCGUACAAUUUCAAAUGAGAUGAACAAAUUGAGUUCAGGCCAAUUUGGAUUUCCUUCUUUAGAAGGUUGUGUACCAGAAACAUAUGUCAAUGCACAACAUGCCUUAAUGAGGAGUUCUCUAGCAAUGGGCUUCCCUCCUCCGGUCAACCAUUUUAGUCUUCCCGCACAAACAUAUGCGCCAGUGACCCCCAAUGAUGCCCUGCAUUUGGAAAAUCCUAAUCUUGUCACGGCUGUGAAGUUUUCUGGUGAUAUAAAGCAUCAACCCGUGUUCCUACUUCCUCCAUUGCCUUCUGCAAGCUUGCUUUCCCUGAAUGAUUCAACAAUGAGAUUGGAUGAUUGUACUUUGUGUCAGAGAUCUUUACAUCAUGCUCAUUCAGAGAUUCUGGUAAAGAAGCAAGGCAAUAAGCUUAAUGGCAUUGCUCCCGAAGCUAAUGCAAUCUUGAAAAGUCAGCAUUCAGAGGAUUUGACAAGCAUGCAAGCUCCUCAGCUAACAGAUAUUGGAACACUAGAAACUGAAACAGGGACACAAACUGAUAAUUUAGUAGCUGCAGCUCCAUCAAACACCUCUGAAAUUAGUAAGACUGCAACUGAGACAUCACUAGAGAGCGAGAAGACAAUUAUAAGUGUAUCCAAUGUGGAUCUUGAUAGGGAUUUGAUACCACCAGUUUCUGUGGGCAUGGAAAACAACCCACAAUCAUCAUACAUAAUUGAAAUUAAUUUGCACAAAUCUUGUGAAUCAAACUCUCUGCAAACAAAGGCUGAUGGGCCACUAUCCUUGGACAUCAACCCAGAGAAACUCAUCCAACCAACUAUGCUUGAACCUUGUGGAGCAUCCUUGGUUCUACCAAAUUCUACAGUAGGGGAUUCUUUGCAACAGCGAAUGCUAUUGCCAGAGCUUAAUGUGUUUCUUAAGUAUCCUGUUAGUCAAAACUUCAGUAAUCAAUCACUCAUUUUUGAUAAUGCUUUUGUGGAUAAUAAUAAUCUAGUUGGAACUUCAGAUUAUGAAACAAAUAGACAACCAAGUCAUAGAACUGCAAGCACAUUCUCACAUGGCAAUUGUAAACCUGGAAUUUCAGAUUCUAGUAACCUGCUGAGACCAAAUGGAAUCCCCGAUGUCGACACAUCCAAGUACUUAAAGCCUGAACAACAACCACUGAUUAUUGUGAACACUCUUAACACUGGAAUACAGGAUCAGGGGAAUAAACUGUCUGUUAUUAAUCCUGUUAGUAAUCCUGCAGUUGCUCCAGAAGCAAAUGAUGAUGUGUUGAUUAAUCAACAGACAUCUGCACCUAUGGAUGUUGCUUACCUUCAGAAUGUCGAACCUGCUUACACUAGUCAGAUUCCAAUUAUGUCAAGGAUCCAUGGACAGUAUCUAUACUAUCCUGCAGCCAAAGAUGGACCAAGAGGGAUGUGCAUGAAUGUGGAUCAUAGUUUCAGUGACAAUGACAUCAACAAGAAUCCCAUUGUCAAUUUGAGUGACGAGAUUCCUAGUUUAGUCUCCAAGAACAUAUUUAGUGUCCCAGCUAUCAUUCAAAGGGACGGUGAUCAACAUUACACUUAUUGCCAUCCAAGUAACACCGACCAAUUGCAGCAAGUUGUUGACUUUGACUCACUUGUCAGCAACAAAGAAGUGCAGAAAGAUAUAGGAAUUACAUCAGUUCUGCCUCCAGUAUCUGGCGAUAUUUCAAGCGAAGACUCAAUAGCUAUGGACAUGCACAAUAAAGUUUGUCCUUUGAGCUCUACGGUUGCUGUUCCUGCUGAAGAUAUCUUGUGCAACUUACCUAUCCCUCCUAACAUUGAUUCAACCACAGAUCUUGCUUCAUUUAAAGUUGUUCAUAACAAGCAAGAAAUUCAAACUUCCGAAGGGAGUGCAUCAGCAGUGCUGGAACUGCAGCCAUGUGACAUGCAAGUACCUGCUUUAAUCUCUCUUGAAGCAAAACAGAGAACUCCUUGUUUUGAUAAAGAAUGUGGGACAACUGAGAAUAACAAAGACAAACAUGACCAAAUUGAGAUGGUCAAGGCCAAACAAUCAGAGAAGAUAAAGUACACUUUCCACAAUAGAAAUGGUCUUGGACAUCUUCAGAUAAUCAAGAACAGUGAACUGGAAGAGUUGAAAGAGCUUGAGUCUGGAACUUUUGGGACUGUGUAUCAUGGCAAGUGGAGAGGUUCAGAUGUUGUGAUUCAAAGGAUCAGUGAUAGGGUUUUUGCUGGGAAGCCAUCAGAGCAGGAGCAUGCAAAAACUAACUUUUGGAACGAAGCUUGUAAACUUGUUAACUUGCAUCACCCAAAUGUUGUGGCAUUCUAUGGAAUUGUGUUGGAUGGCCCUGGUGGAUCCAUUGCAACAGUAUCAGAGUUCGUGGUUAAUGGUUCGCUUCGGUGUGCUUUGCUGAAAAAUGAGAAGAUGUUUGAUAGGCGCAGGUGUCUGCUUAUUGCUAUGGAUGUGGCAUUUGGCAUGGAAUACCUUCACAGUAAAAAUGUCAUACAUUUCGACUUGAAAAGUGAAAAUUUGCUUGUUAAUUUGGGGGAUAUUGAACGUCCAAUAUGCAAGAUUGGCUAUCUUCUCUCAAAAAUAAAAUUCAAGGCAUUGGUGUCCAGUGGAAUGCAAGGAAUUGUACCCUGGAUGGCUCCAGAGCUUCUUCGAGGCAAAGAUGCCCACUACACUGAGAAAGUAGAUGUAUUCUCCUUUGGGAUUGUGAUGUGGGAGCUCAUCACUGGAGAUGAACCGUUUAAAGACAUGCAUUAUGGAGCCAUUAUAGGUGGGAUUCUGGAGGGCACGCUGCGACCUCCUGUGCCUGAAUCUUGUGAUGCUGAGUGGAGAUCACUUAUGGAGCAAUGCUGGGCCACUGACCCGGAGCUGAGGCCAGGCUUCGCCGAAAUCGCUGGCAGGUUAAGAAUAAUGUUACUUUCAUUUCCUCAGGAAGGAUAAUUUCUAGCAGCAAGGCCAACUUGUGGAGUCAUUCACCAACUAAAAGAGGGCUAAAUUUGCAGAAGCUUGUGUCCAUAAUCCAUGAGAUUCGUGAUGGCUCUUCAACCUUUUUUUUUUUAGCAUCCAUCAUUCUUCUAUAAUUUUCUUGAUUUUUUUUUUCUUGCAACCAGCUGAGAAACAUCGGCACAAUUAUCAGUUUACUAGUGAAUAACGUACUACGGUUCUGGACUUUCCACUACUAUGUUAGUAUCUGGAAGUGUCAGUUAACUGAAUGAUCUGCUAAUGACAAUAUAAUAAUAUAAAACAUAAUGAUGAUCA